CGAAAAAUUUUCCCUCCCUCCCUCCAUCUUUUCUCUCUCUCUCUCUCGGUGGUUAUCACAGAACCUAAGCAAUGAAAGUCCAUUCAUCUUUUCUUCUUCUUCAUCAUCUUCAGUUCUCAUAAUCUGUUAUUCUGUUGCGAGAAAGUGACACGUGUGAUCAUCCUACAUGGACGCAAUCUUCUUAACGGAUGAUCCGAGUACCCGGAAACAGUUAAUCGGGUCGCUAGCUCAAUCUUUCGGAUGCGCUUACGUUUGUCUCUGGUCCUAUUAUUUCCCUCGACCUUCUAACUACGUGAUAUCAUUGGAUGGAUAUUACAAUGAAGCAUCUCAAGAGCCUUCUACUUCUCUUGGAAGUUUAGCUAGAAGCUUAUUCCAUGAGUAUCGCCAAUCCGUUAUCCCUCUCCAAAAUGGAUAUGUACCAAGCAUGGCGUUCAUGAAUAAUCUCCCAUACUUGGAGAUUCGACAAGACGAUAUUCAAAGACUUGCUUACAACGACGCACAACGUCUAUUUUACCAGGAAGCCAGGAUUCAGACGGUGAUAUUCAUGGGUUGCCGGAGCGGAGAGAUCGAACUCGGAUUGACAUAUGACGCUGCAAAUAUGAAAAUAGAAGCAAGUCUUCGAGAAUGGUUCCCUGAAGAUUUCAAUAGAAAGACUUCUCCGGUCAACUCCGACAAUCUCCGGCCACCACCGCAUCCACCGUCUUCCUCUUCUUCGUCUCUUAGAUCACUAGACAGUCCCCAAAACGUCUCAGAAUAUUCUUCACUCUUAUUCCCACACGUCCCCAAACCUUCAACGACUGACGCCGUUAACGUUCCGUUACAUCCGCUGUUAGCUCCGGUCACCACAACAACAAUGAGCAAUAUGAUCCGUCAACAACAACAUGAGCCUUUGUUCCUUAACCGUGAUCAACGUGAGGAGGAAGCAAUGACGCAAGCCAUCUUAGCGGUUUUAACGGCGUCGUCAAGUCCUCCUUCUACUUCUUCCUCGCCGCAGCGAAAAGGAAACGCCACCGCUUUUAAGAGAUAUUACCGCGUGUUUAGCGGUAGAUCGCCACCGCCGAAUGUACGGAAGCAAAGUAUUAUGAAAAGAGCGAUUUCGUUUUACAAUACGCUUAACAUUUACCGGAGAGAGCGUUUUGCAAGUAAAAACGCUACUACGGGCGGUGGUGAUGGAAGCGGCAGCGUUCGCGGGCCAAACGCAACGCAGUUGCAUCAUAUGAUAUCGGAGAGGAAACGGAGAGAGAAGCUUAAUGAGAGCUUUCAAGCAUUGAGAUCUCUCCUUCCUCCGGGAACUAAGAAAGAUAAAGCAUCGGUUCUCACCGUUGCAAGGGAGCAACUAACUUCUUUGCAAGACGAGAUUCCGAGACUAUUAGAAAGGAUUGGGGAGCUAGAGGCGAAACAAGCCGGAGAAAGAGAGAUGGAAUAUGAUUUAGGACCCGAUGAGAGGUUUAACGUUCGUUUAAGACAAAUACCCGAAUCAACAUCUAGCGAGAGAAUUUUUGAUCUACGAGUUGUUCACAGAGAAGACAACAUUAUGGCUGAUGAUUUGUUGAUAAGGAUUCUCGAAUUCUUGAAGCAAAUUAACAAUGUGAGUUUAGUAUCAAUCGAAGCACGAACUCGAGCUAGAGAAGAUGAAGCUACUUCGGUUGUUCUCGUGAGCUUAAGGCUCAAGAUUGAGGGUGAAUGGGACGAAUCAGCCUUCCAAGAAGCAGUCAGAAGAGUUGUUGCUGACUUGGCUCACUGACAACAAGUUUGAUUAUUUCCUAACCAUAUAUUAUUCAUUCUUAUAAUUUUACUUUCUAUUCCUCCUUUAUGGACAGUCUAUUUUAUUACCCCUGGCGUGUGGCGGCUCCUAUCGUUUUCGAUGGUCCUCCUCUUCUUGUUCUUAUUACUGUGGACUGUUUCAGCCGUUCUUCCCUAUUUCGUGGAUCAAUCAUGACCGUUUAUUUCCUUCCAAUUUUUGUGGUUUGUACCAUUUAAAUUUUGUAAUAGGCAAUCUUUAUCUCUCUAUAUAAAUUGUUGUAAUUUUUCCCUUUUCUAAAAGGGCUGUUGUAUAUGUAUCAGUUUAAUUUUCUUUGGAUUUUAAUGAUUAAAUAUGGGUCGUCGUAUAAUU